AUGGACCGAGUCAAGCGCUUCUUUCGCUCUGGCCCGGAGUACGAGCCUAUACACACCGACGUGGAAAGAGACGAAGAGAGUAUUCACAAUGAAUCGGAAGACGAAGAGGCCACGGCGCCCUUUUCAUGGGUUGAAUACGCGAUCUUCCUGUUGCUCGGCAUUGCCAUGCUCUGGGCUUGGAACAUGUUUCUAGCUGCAGCACCCUACUUCCAACACCGGUUCCGAACGAGCGAAUGGAUCCUCAACCACUUUCAGGCCGCCGAGAUCUCCGUGUCGACGGUUACGAACCUCACCUCGAUGACAGCGUUGACCAAAAUACAAAAGGGGGCAUCCUAUCCAAAGCGAAUAACAGCAUCACUACUCAUCAACACAGUAGUGUUUGGGAUCCUGUCUUUGUCGACACUGGUCCCCGCCCCCGCCGGAGUCUACUUCGGCUUCUUGCUUAUUGCCAUUUUCUGCGCCAGUUUCUCGACCGGCCUUAUCCAGAAUGGACUCUUCUCGUUCGCAUCAGGCUUCGGGAGAAGCGAAUAUACUCAAGCUAUUAUGACUGGUCAGGCUGUGGCAGGGGUCUUGCCCCCACUCGCACAGAUCAUUUCAGUGGUUGCAGUGCCUGCGAAGAAGGCGGGUGAUCCAGGCAGUGCUGAUGAGUCUCCGACCUCUGCAUUGGUCUAUUUCUUGACGGCCACUGCCAUCUCGAUCAUCUCUUUGUUUGCUUUCUUCUAUCUUUUGAGGAAAGAGAGCCAGGCUCGCGCGCUUCGUGCCGCGUCUAAAUCGACGGCAGACGAGACCAACGAAGACCUCGAGCCUAAUGAGCGGCCCGAAGUACCUCUUACGACAUUGUUCAAGAAGCUACCGUUCCUUUCUGCCGCCGUCUUCGUUUGCUUUGGCGUCACUAUGGUCUUCCCCGUAUUCACGGCCUCAAUUCGAUCGGUCAGAGGCAUCGACUCUGCAGUCUUCAUCCCUACAGCGUUCUUGUUGUGGAAUAUAGGAGACUUGCUUGGUCGGCUGGCGACGUUGUGGAAACGGAUCUCUCUGACUCACUAUCCCUUUGCCCUCUUCUGCUUGGCUGUGGCGAGACUACUAUUCAUUCCCUUGUACUUCCUGUGCAACAUCAAGGGCAGAGGCGCCGUCGUGCAAAGCGACUUCUUCUAUCUGGUCGUUGUUCAGUUUCUGUUUGGUCUCACCAACGGAUAUCUGGGCAGCGAAUGUAUGAUGGGUUCUGGAGACUGGGUUGCACCAGAGGAACGUGAGGCAGCGGGUGGAUUCAUGGGGUUGAUGCUUGUCGGCGGUCUGACUGUCGGCAGUCUGCUCAGCUUCUUACUCGGAGAUGUUUAG